ACUGAGGUCAGCCUUUUCCUAGAUGAUUCGUACUCUCCAUCUAUGGUCCGCGCCAGACGUUAAGGUUGUUCCAGAUAUAUCUUGGAGGCAAUGGCUAUUUAAUCAAUGGAGGAACCCUGUAUUGACCUUCUUGUCUGCAAAGUCACAUCUAUCAAAAACCCCAAUUUAGGAAUCAUUCACAAUGCCGACCGGUUCAUGUCUAUGUCAAGCCAUUAGAUACGAGUAUAAAGCAGAGCCUAUUGCAAAGGCAUUAUGCCACUGUGUGACCUGCCGUAAAAUUAGCAGUGGGAGCACGGUCAACGUUAUGGUGCCCCGGGACCAUUUCCACAUCACCUCAGGGUCUCCAAAAGUGUUCACUAUAACCCACGAGACUGGCAUGAAGUUAUCGAUGUACUUUUGCGAAAACUGUGGUAUUACCAUCUAUAAGACAGCCGACAGUGAAGAGUUGAAGGGAAACGCCAUUAUUCUUGCUGGAACCCUCGAUGAUUCAGAAGCGUUUUCACACCUCAAUCCCGAAGUAGAAUUCUUCACUAAAGAUCGUGCUUCGUGGUUACCGAAGCUGCAGAAUGCAGAGCAAAAAGUGGAAUUCAAAUAAGAUAGUACAAAAGUACUUCAGAACAAAAGGUAGUAGUCUGUGAUAACUCGCCCUACCUAGCUCGAAACAAUGGAUUUGCUAGGGAAUUGGGUUGAGCUGGUUUAUUUGUCAUUAUUAGUUUGAUAACAACGAAUG